CCUUGAUUCCGACGGAAGUACUGGGGAAGUCAGUGAAGUGAUCCUGGAGUUUACUUAGCUAAUUAGGUUUAAUUCCUGUCGUUUUCAUUUCAGCAACACCCAUUCGUCAGGUUAAAGUCCCUCUACAAACGACAUGAAAGUCAUAUGACCACCGAGUUGCACUUCCUCAAACUUAACACACCAUCCCACUAGACUGUGAGUGCAACUCCACUGCAAGUCUGCUACUAAACCCUGCUCUAAAACUGACCUCUACAGGACUGCAGUCUGGAACACUCAUGGCAAGCUCACUAUCAAGGAAAACACACAGGAGAGUGAGUGAAAAGGCUUCUGAUCUCCUGCUUUUCCUCACCCUGCUCACCUGCCUACUGAGGUGUACACAAUGUGUCAAAGCCAGCAACAUGAUUCUCAUCCUUACAGAUGAUCUGGAUGUGGAGCUUGGUGGAAUGACACCCUUAAAGAAGACCAAAGCCCUGAUUGGUGAUGCUGGUGCCACCUUCUCCCGUGCAUACACAGCGACGCCCCUGUGCUGUCCCAGCCGGAGCAGCAUCCUCUCUGGGAAAUAUCCACACAAUCACAUGGUCCACAACAAUUCCUUCUCAGGCAACUGCAGCAGCAAAGCCUGGCAAGCUGGUCCCGAGAUGCAAGCCUUUCCUGUUUACCUCAGCAAGAAGUAUUAUCAGACCUUUUAUGGAGGGAAAUACCUUAAUCAGUAUGGGAUGAAUGAGACAGGAGGUGUGGGUCAUGUUCCUCCCGGAUGGGACCAGUGGCAUGUACUGGUGGGAAACUCUCAAUACUACAAUUAUACACUCUCUGUCAAUGGGAAAGCAGAGGUUCACAAAGAUGACUAUGAAAAGGACUACCUCACAGACCUUAUUUUAAACAGGUCACUGACUUUCCUGGACUCGAGAAGCCCCCAGCAUCCAUUUUUUGUGAUGCUGUGCCCUCCAGCCCCUCACUCUCCCUGGACUGCAGCUCCGGCAUACCAGAACAGCUUUGCUGACGUCAAGGCUCCACGUGAUGGGAGUUUCAACAAACCUGGAAACGACAAGCACUGGUUGCUGCGUCAGCCUGUUAACCCUAUGCCGAACAGCUCCAUUGAUUAUCUCGACAAUGCUUUCCGUAAAAGGUGGCAGACCCUUCUGUCUGUAGACGACAUGGUGGAGAAGCUGGUAAAGAAACUGGAAGACAUAAAGGAGCUGGACAACACUUAUAUUUUCUUCACUUCUGAUAAUGGUUACCACACAGGUCAGUUCUCCCUCCCCAUUGACAAGAGACAGCUGUAUGAAUUUGACAUCCGUGUGCCACUUUUGGUACGCGGGCCCGGGAUCAAGCCCAACCAAACUCUGCAGGAUCCAGUAAUGAAUAUCGAUCUCCCUAUGACCAUCCUUGACAUUGCCGGAGUUAAUAUCUCUAUCUUGGAUAUGGAUGGGCAGUCUUUUCUACCACAGAUGGCACCGUCAUUACGCAACGGCACUUCACGGCCCUACUUCUUGGUGGAGUACACUGGUGAGCACUUUACUAAAGAUCCUGACUGCCCCAAACUCGGCCCCGGAGUUGCUUAUUGCUUUCCAGACUGUGUUUGUGAGGAUGCCUUCAACAACACGUAUGCCUGCGUUAGGACUUUCAAGGACAACAAUUUGCAGUAUUGUGAAUUUGCUGAUGAUGAGGCAUUUGUGGAGGUGUACAACAUGACGACUGAUCCUCAUCAGCUGGAGAACAUUGUGAAGAAGGUGGACCCUACGCUCCUGCAGGUCAUGAAUCAAAGGCUCAUCAAGCUUCAGUCAUGCAAAGGAGACAGCUGUCGAAAUCUCUAAGAGCCAGAGCUCAACAGUUCUGCUCAGGCCAGAGUAGUAACCAAAGAAUGUCUGAUUUUAAACUGAUUUAAGUACUUCAAGGAUUUAUUUCACAUGCCAGGAUUUAUUAUUCGUGACACAAAAAAAAUUUAUUUGUUUACACCCAGCCCUUGCUGCUAUAUUCAUUCCAAUUCGAUUUCAUGUAGUGGAGGAACGGAGUCUGGAAUUACAUAGCUUUUAUCCAUUUAUACACUUACCAUAUUAAUACUAUACAAUAUUACAUACAAUACUAUACCAUAUUACAUGCACUGCAAAUAAGAAUAAUACACAGCACUGAACAAUAUGAUGAACUGUGAUGAUACAAUGUACAGUUGUUCACCCCUUAAACUUAUCAUUCAUCAUAUCCAUCAUUCAUCUUCAAUUAUUCAGUAACUUCAGUGAAACAAAUAAGGUGUGUAGAUACAAGAGCCGCUGAUGGGUCAUGGUACUUUAAGGGGUUAACUGUGAUAUACAGUAUAUAUUAUAUUAAUGACUAUAAUUGAUAUAAUCAAUAACAUUACUUAGAUUUGUCGCUAUUUAAUGGUUUCAACCCAAAAUUAUGCAAAUAAAAUACCUCAGGUCCUUUUCUAGACCUGUAGUUCAUACCAUUCUGUAAUGUGUACAUAUAUUACAGAAAACAUAGAAAACAUGUGAUAAGAUGUGCUUCACUUCAUUGUAUUCUCAUGCAAAUCCUGCCUUAAACUCUUCAUACAGAUCUAGAAAGGACAUGUACAAAACUCACUCCCUUAAAUGUGAAUGUAUUCAUAGAAUGAGCCUGGAGAUGUGUAUUAUUGAUUUCUGUGCAUGUCUGAUAGGCUUUGCUGCACUCAGUCAUUCUCUUUUUUGCUGCACUUGGUCUCUUUUAUUUCAUUCAACCUGGCUUAAAGAGUUUAAAGUUUUAACAGGGGUUCUGUGUGUGUUUACUUGUGUGUAUCACUAUACAAACUGAUCAUAUCUAUCUGGGAUUUUUUUUGGGUCUGUUGUGUAAUCAGACAGCUGAUAACAGGGUAGAUAUCUGAGGUGAUGCACCAGGGCCAUAGCACUUUUUUAAUAGGAAUGUUGAAUGUCAACUGUUAAGGGCAACUGUCAUUUUUAAUAAUUAAUAAGCCUUGCCUUGAUGUAUGUGCCUUUGGGAAAACAGCUUUGGUCUGCAGGUAAUUUAAGGUUAUGGUGGUCGUGCUUUCUUACCUUUCCAGCUGUGUUUCCGAAAAAAAUCAAAAUAUUCAAACAAUAAAUUCUAAAGAAAAUGUUUAAAGUCUAAUUUUUUGCUUCCUCUGGGGUUAUCAGUAACACAGCAUCAUUUGCUAAUGAAUUGCUAAUAUUCUACACUGUAUAAUAAAUGAUUAUGUCUGAAUGAAUGUGUCUGAGAUGCAUUAAACAAAAAAUAGAUCAGUAAAAAUGUAGGUCAGUUCCCCAAAUGUAGUCAAUCAGCUAAUAUACAGUAUGGGUUUGUGGAAGUAUAUUAACAGAAAAAGUAUAUUUUUAGGAUUUUGGGUGAGAUAGACUUCAAUUAUUGGUUUCGUACAUGCAGAGUAAAACUAAUAAUGGAAAAGAAAA